UGCACAAGAGCUGGGGGUGAUGUUGGGCUGCAGUGUUGGUGUGUGUCUGUAUGUGUAAACAGAUAUAUAUAGCCGUAUAUAUAUGUAUAUAUGCAUGGUUAUGUAAUUCUAAAGGUUAUUGAAACGGGUGGCGCGUGGAGGAAGGAUGUAGAGGGAGAUUGCUGUGAUACAUUUAGGAAAGGAUCAUGGACUGUUGCUUUUCCAGUUGCAAAGAGGUCGUAAGUGAGGAGAGCGAGGAGGAAAGCAACGGAGUCAACUUGAUGGAGUUCUCAGAUGAGAUCCUUCUGCACAUCCUCAGCUAUGUCCCUUGCACAGACCUGGUCCUCAAUGUCAGGAGAACCUGCAGGAAACUUGCAACACUUUGCCUUGACAAGAGUCUAACACAUACAGUCCUGCUUCAGAAGGACUAUAAGGUAAACAAAGACAAAGUGAAGCAGCUGAUGAGGGACAUUGGAAAGGAGAUCUACCAGCUGAACAUGGCCGGGUGCUACUGGCUGCCCAGCUCCACUAUCGACCACGUUACACGGUGCAAGAACCUGGUCAAGCUGAACCUGUCCGGGUGCCACGUCACCUCUCUGCGGCUCUCCAAGAUGCUCUCCACGCUGCAGCACCUGCGCUCCCUGGCCAUCGACGUCAACCCGGGGUUUGAUGCCAGCCAGCUGAGCAGCGAGUGCAAAGCCACUCUCAGCCGCGUCUCGGAGCUGAAGCAAACCCUUUACACGCCCUCGUACGGGGUCGUCCCGUGCUGCACCAGCCUUGAGAAACUGCUGCUCUACUUUGAGAUCCUCGAUCGCUCGCGCGAGGGGUUUAUGCUCUCUGGGCAGCUGAUGGUGGGCGAGAGCAACGUGCCCCAUUACCAGAACCUCCGCAUCUUCUACGCCAGGCUGGCUCCUGGCUACGUCAAUCAGGAGGUGGUGAGGCUGUACUUGGCAGUGCUGAGUGAUCGGACACCUGAGAACCUCCACGCCUUCCUCAUCUCUGCCCCCGGCAGCUUUGCGGAGACGGGAGCCACCAAAAACCUCCUGGACUCCAUGGCCCGAAAUGUACGUCUGGAUGCUUUACAACUGCCCAAAGCCUGGAUUAAUGGCUCUGGGCUCCUGCAACACUUGAAGUUCAACAACCCUUUCUACUUCAGCUUUAGCCGAUGCACCUUAUCUGGUGGGCACCUGAUCCAGAGGGUCAUUAAUGGCGGGAAGGAUCUUAAAAGCCUGACCAGUUUGAAUCUCAGUGGCUGCGUUCACUGCCUGGCCCCGGAGUCCUUGUUUCGGAAAGCAGAAGAUGACAUUGACAGCAGCAUUUUGGAAAGCUUGGUAGUGUCUUGCUGCAACCUGAGGCACCUGAACCUCUCUGCAGCUCACCAUCACAGCUCUGAAAGCAUAGGGAACCACCUGUGCCAGCUCCUGUCCAGGCUAAAGCACCUGCUCUCAUUAGCACUACCAGUUUGCUCCAUCACAGAUGUUGGUGCAAGCGUGGAGAAGCCUCCCAGCACACCUAAUUUGGUGCCCCAAACAUUUGGAAGGAAAGUUCGGAUUGGGAUACAGACAUAUCCAAGGAACUUAGGGGACCAGGCAAAUCAGAAGAUCGAGUCUUCAGUGUUUUGGGCUCUGAUGGGAAGCCUCCGAUUUUUGGAAACCCUGGAGAUAAUUGGGUCCAGUUUCUCCUCUGCCAUGCCCCGCAACGAGCCAGCGAUUCGGAACUCGUUGCCUCCCUGUGUCCGGGCGCAGAGCGUGGGGGAUUCAGAGGUGGCUGCCAUUAGCCAAUUGACUUAUCUGCAGAGCCUCACCUUAGCACAGCUGCCAAAUAUUCUCACAGGCUCUGGGCUCGUCAACAUCGGGCUGCAGUGCCAGCACCUGCGGACUCUUUCCUUGGCCAACCUGGGCAUGAUGGGCAAGGUGGUCUAUAUGUCUGCUCUCAUGGACAUGCUGAAACACUGCAAGUGUUUGAGAGAUCUCAGGCUGGAACAGCCGUACUUCUGUGCGGGCGCCCAGUUCUUCCAGGCACUGAGUCACUGCUCCUCUCUCCAGCGGCUUUGCAUCGUCUCCCGGAGCGGGACUCUGCAGUCUGACGCAGUGAUGUCAUUCAUGGCCAGCUGCCUUGAGGUCAUCAUGUGCCACAUGUUUAUGGGAGAAUCUCUUACCGUUUGCAAAAAUCUCCAGCAGUCCAUUGUCCGGAGUUUCCAGGCAGAACGCCCUGCAUUAAACGUCGUCAUUUUCCCUCUGCUUCACGAGGACUUGACAGAGGUCAUCAGAGAUGUCCCCAUGAGGCACUUGGAUGAAAUUACCUUGUUUAAAAGCAGAGUGGCCGAGGAACCUCCCAAUUUGUGGUGGUGACUGCCACAGCAUGGAAAGGACAAAUCAGUGUGAACCCAUGGAGCAGCUUCUUAUUGGCCUGGAUUUCCCAUCCUCGACUCCUGGCCACCUCACUGGAUGCUGUACAAUCACUUCAAACAGGUGCAAUUGCAAAAUAAAAAAAGCUGGUUCUUUGCAGUGGGGAAGCAUCUAUUGAAUAUUGUUUGCAUCUGAAAAUCCUGUCUCAAAGGCUUGUGGAAUCUGAUGAGUAUUUCCUUACGGUUAAUAUGAAUCGUUUUUGUUGUUUUACUGAAGUUAAAGGUAAGAGAAACUGACUUAACAAUGCUCUUUCCCCUGUGUCCCCGGUGUCUGUCCCAAGGGCCCCUGUGUACGUUGGCAGUGUGCUUUGUGGUUUUGGUGGAAAUCAUUCUUUGCUUCAGUCUGUUUUUGGCAAAGUAGAAAGCCUAGGCCAGCUCAGAGACACAAAAAUGUGUUGCUCAAUUGAAGUGCAUCACAUCUUUUCUAUGUUACAAAUAGUCAUUUGUAGUCACACAUGUGCAGUCACGGAUAUUUAAUAGGGUUUUUUUUUUUUUUUUGAUUGAGAAGUACCACAAGGACUCUUUUUAAAAUUUCUUAAUAAGAAAAUAAGGUCAUUAACACCUUGACCAUGGUAUCAGCAUCCUGCUGAUGCUGUUUCCAUUGGUCUGGUGGAAGAAGUUCUCAGCUCUUCUGGAAAUCCUUGUCCUAGAGUAGAUGGUGCCUACGGUGAAUAAGUUGAGGCUCAGAUCUGAUUUAUAUGCAGUCUGUCUUGCAGUGUAGAUGGGAAUGUAGUGUUCCAGUUCUGUCCUUAUGCCCCAUGCCUUGAGCUCAUGUUAAUUUUAGAGAUGUUAUGAAGUAUUUUCACAGUGUGAUUUCAGUCAGCUUCUCUGCUCCACAGAACUUCCUCAGGCAUCAGCAGUGGUCUGGAUCACUUUCAUAUUGCCUUAUUUACUGAGCACUUUUAAAAGCAUCAGACAGCUGUACCAAAAGCCAAGUUACAAAUUCCUGGAGCUACAAGUCUGGGUGGCAGAAUUUUCCUUGGUAGCAUACCAGGUCUGUCUUCUGCAAACCAGCUGCUGACCAGGGCUGUCUAACUUCACCCAAAUCCCAAAUGUGUUGAGCUCUGCUUUUCUUGGAAGGCCCAGAGUUGUCCAAAGAUGAUGUGCCCAUCUCCUUGUCAGCAUUUUCUACUCAAGAUGCCCUCUCCCAAAUGCUCUUCUGCCCUCAGUGUUCAUAGGAAACCUGGUCUGAUGGGAUAAAUUUGAGAAUAAAAUGCAUCUCCCAGCCUUGGAGGACUUUCUGUCCUUGCUUUCCAAUCAGCCACGUGUGAGCCUGCCUGGAAUUCUGUCUCACAGGUGUAAAUCUUGAGCCAGGCUGUGAUAACCCUUGUGCUCAGAGAGGUUACAGUAAAGAGCAGGUAAGUGUCAGGCUCUGCUAGCACAGGUCUGUGUCUUGCUGAGACCAACCCCUGGUGGUUUGCUGCCUUUCCCGAGGCUCUCAUCCUUCCCCUCUGAGGACAGGGAGCCAGCACAGCCUCUGGAGUGCAGCUGGCAGCAGGAAUGUGAGGCCAGCUCCCCUGGGGAUGCUGCAGCUGAGCUGUGAGCACUUCUCCAAUGUUUGAGGCUUCAGCUCCCUGCAGCUGAGUGUGAGGAGCUGCUGCCCUGCUCCUGCCACUGUUUCCCCUGCCACUCUCCCCCAUGAGGUCAUUCUUUCUACCUCUUGUUCUAUUACUCACCUGUUUGAAUCCCUCUCUUCUCUCCCUCUCCCUCACUUCAGCACAUCCUUUGUGCUUUUUGGCAGGAGCACAAGCUGCUGCUCUGGCCACUUCAGCUCUACCUGCUUUUGUCCGUGAUUUUCCCUAGGAUAACAAGCAGGACUGGGCAGAGGGUGUUUGCAAAGCUGCUUUCUCCUCCUUGUAAAGUUGCUUUGUCCUGCUUGUGCCGCUGGCAGAGGAAAGGGUGAGGGUGUGGUGGCAGCUCUCUGAUGCCCUGGGGGACCUGUUCAGUCCUGUGCAGGAAUCCUGGGGUUUGGUUCCAGUGAGGCCAUUCCCACCCUCAGCGAGGAUUUCUCUGCAUAAACAGCUGUGGCAUCAGCAGGAGCUUGGCAGUGCUGCCAGCUCACCUCUUCCUGUUCCUCUGAAAACCUGAACUGGAGGACAGUGGUGUGCAGAAACCAGCUGUUGCUUGAUUCUGGUGUUAAACCUUUGCUCUUGGGCUUGCAGUCACCUGAUGGAACAUGCUGUACACUUGGCUUGGCACAUCCACAUCCACCUGCCUUGUGUCCUGCUGGAUGGGAGCAGCAGCCAGGGAUGUUUUAUAGCGCUGUGUUUCUCUUGCCAGGGAUAUGGUGUUUGGGCAUCUGUAUUCAUGCAAGUGAGUCACCAGCCCUGAUGCUACCAGUUAUAAGCAGGGCUAGGAAAAGUCACCCACAGGUGAUAAAGGUAGCAUCCCAAAUAGUAAUAAAGAGCUAAAAUCUCCUUCCACCCCCAGCUCCCCAACUCCGGGCCAGUGCUUGAUAUCUCUACUACAAAUCCUCUUAUGGUGAGUGAGAAUUUCCGCUGCUUUUGCACUCCAGGCAGGAUUCACCAGAUGUUAAUAAUGUGCUUAUUUUCUCUAAGUGCUAUUUUGGCAUCGGUGUUAAUUACAAUUUAUAUUCUGCAACAUUUACACUGGGAAAAGAACCCACCCUAAUAGUACCCAAUUGGCGGAGCUGGGCUAUUAAACACAGCUCCAUAUGUUCUGAGCAGAGCAGUGGAUGGGACUCGGAGCCCACUCAGCGCUCAGGCAGGCAGCUGUGGAGGAAGAGAGGGGAGCAGAGAGAGGGGUGUUCUGCUCCUGGAUUUUAUUUAAUAUCAAAUCCCCCCUCCUUUUCUCUGUCCCCAUCUCUCCAGAAAUCUCCCUUCUGCUAUCUGUGAGCAUUUAAGGAGGUGAUCUCUGAGCCUGCUGAUGCUGCUGUCCGUAGUCUAAAACAAAUGAAUUCAAUUCCAGAAGGUGCCCUUCUUGCAGGGAGUGCCUCUGCAGGAUCCCAAGUCCCUGCUGGCUUUUCCUUGCUGCCUUCCAAAGCAGACCUCCAAUCUUUGGGAACUGCAGCAGAAAUCUUUGCUUUGACCACCACUAAAGUGUCAGUGGUUCUGUGGGAGAAGGAUAUUCUGGGACAGUUCUGUUCUUGUGUAAAACUCGAUGUAGUUUGCUGCUCUGCUCAUGUCCAAAAUCUUGUUUGGCAGAGUGGCAUUUGGUUCCUGCAGGCUGGGAGGGUCUGGAGUGGCACUGGUGUGGGGAAUUUGGAGGGGCUAAGUCAUCUGUGUUCCCAUGGGUUUCUUAGGAUUGUAGGUUAAAGGAUUGCUUCCUCAGCUGUUUGCAAAGCUGAUUUCAUGGCCUCUUUAGGAAAUGGCAGUGCAUCCCUGCUCUGUCAGGAGAAGGGGCUGUGUGGUGACAGUCUCUCCCUUCAGGAGAGCUCUGACUGUAGUCACUGCUCCAUCAGGGAGAAGAUGAGAGUCAGAGGAGGCAGGGUAGGAUGGAGUCAUGGAUCUCGCCCUGGGAGCCAGACAGACAUUGUGAGGCUUGGCCUGUUUCCUCACUUGUGGAGGGGGAGGAAGCUCCCCAGGUGCUGAACCCUCCCCUCCUGGUGAGGAGUUGUUUGCUGGGGAGCAGAGGGCAGACCUGGGGCUGGUGUGAGCUGAGAGCAGCAGAGCCACAGCCCCACUCACAAUUCCCAUCCUCUGCCAGGCGUGUGGGGUCCCAGGGAGCAGAGCAGGACCCAUCCCCUCACGUGGAUGUUCAGAGCUGUGGCAGCUCUGGGACAAUGGGCAGGUGUGUGGGACUGUCUGUGUGAGGUGCUGGGCGCUUUCUUCCAGCACUGCUGUUUUAGGACAGGGCCGUAGAAAUUUGGGACUUUCCCACUGGCGGAGUGAAGGGUUCUUUCACCUGUCUGAGGGGAUGCAGUUCCCUCUUGGCUGGUCCCAGCUGGGAGAGCAGUGCAGGAGCUGUGCUGGGUGUUGCAGAGCCCAGUCUCCUUCCACUGCAGCUCUCCUGCCUCUUUGAGAUGCACAGGCAGCCAGGGUACUCCAGCAGGAGAAUCAUUUCCAUAGAAACCAAUUGGGAUGUUGUACGGGGAAUAAUGAUUAAUAGUGAAGGGAUGUUGCCUCAGGCCCUUUUCAUUUUUUAGGGGGCAGUGAGGGACAAACUGGGGCACAGGUAGGGGGACAGGGAGACUUGAAAACUAAUGGAAACCAUCUCUUCCAUUAAUUUCCAGGACAGCUUCCCCUCUUCUCCUCCUGCCCAGCCCCCUACUGCUGCUCCCAGCUUUCGUCAAAUUUUCAAAAUGGCUAACCUGGUUAGAAAUAAUCAUAAUAAUAAAAAAGGAUGGAUGAGGUCUGACUACUAACAUUGUUGCUGUUAGCAGCAGGAUUUCAGCCAUAAAACAUGAAGCAAGGGAGGCAUUGACCUUUCCGCUGUUUGAAAUGAAUGGAGACAUCAAUAUCUAUUGUUUUGUGGCAUUGACCUCUGACGCUCUCAGUUCACCCUCCCCUUUCUUUUAUUUUAAUUUCCCCCUGACACUGGAGGAAAGGGGUCAGUCUGUACCAUCUAUUGAUCCCGAUCUUACUUGGUGAUAGGGAAAUAAUUAGAAUUUUAAAGAUCUCUGCUGCACGGUGGUGAAAUACAUACAGAGAGGCACAGGCUAAGCCCCCGCUUGCCAUGUUCUGUUCUCCCCCCUUCCUUGCAGAGAUCCAAAGCUCUGAGAUCUGAAGGAAGGCAGAUCAAUAUAGGUUUAAUCAUGAUGGGGGUUUUAUUUCAGUUUUUUAAAUAGUAAAGUGUAACAUUUUAUGUUAAUGUUGUCGGAGCCUGGCUGCCUGGUGCCUUGUUUUAUUUAUUCUUUUAAGUAGCCCCUUCUUUUGUGAACUUCAUCUAUGUACAGAGAAUGUGAAAUCAGGCAUUGCUAAUUAGCUGUAUGACAAUUAAGUAAUGUAGCACAAAACCAUUAGGACACUGGAUUUGUUUUUGAAGUUUGUCCUUUGAAGUGGAAGCUGCAACUCCCUGCCCAAGGCUGCUGGGGAAAAUGUUUUUCUAUCAAAACUUUCUUUGAAAAUAAAAUGUCAGUGUAAGAGUCCCUAUUUCUGUCGUCUCUCCUUCUAAACAGCGGGUGAAAAUUGUUUCUCCUUGUAGAAACUGCUGGCAUUGAUAGAAAGGGGAAUUCAGGAAAGCUUUAAAUGGGCAGUUGGUCUCCAAACACCCUCAAUUCUGGUGGAGAUAUUACCAAAAAUCCUUGUUUAGCUCAUUGGAAGGGAACGGUGCCACGCUAGGAGAGAAGACCCAGCUCACAACUCUGGAGAUGGCAAAGGGAGGUGGUCCUAAAAGUGGGGGUUCAUCUCUGACACCCCAAGUGCCAUCAGGGUGCCAGCCUGGUGACAAAUCCCUGCAGGCUCCCGGGCUCGGGCUCCUCCAUCCGUGCGCUCGUUUGACGCUUGUGUUUGCUCUGGCCCUUUGUCCCUGUAGUGAGUCCAGUUCUGAAUGUGCAACUUUCAUGUACAAAAAUGCUGGUGGCAUGUGAAACUUCAAAUAAAGAGUGGAACAUUUGGAACCA